AUGUCGGUGCCUCAAGCGCAAUGGCAGGUACCCGUCCCGGUCCAGUCUAUACAGCCUUGCAACCACGCCACGUUUCCAAGGGCCAUCCGUCGAGGAGCCGAGGAAGUGGUGCCCGACGACAGACCGGAGUGGCCUCUACAAUUCCAUUCAUACGGCGCACGAGACCUGCUGAACAAGACCGUUGCCGGUUUCCUCCAUGACAAGCUCACCGCUCGCCAGAAAGCGGCUCAGGGUGAGUUCCACAAUCGCUUCAAGGAGGGUUCAUCUAUGGCGGCUAUUCUCGACACGAUGCCCGCUCUGGCAGGCAAAUCACCGCCAUUGGACACACUCUUGCGCGACCUUAUGCGUUUCUUGGACGACCGCUUCUUCUUCGGCAGUAUGACUCGCAGGGGGCUGCCAACUGUGCAGCUACUCACAGGAUAUUCGGAUCUGGGCGUCGGAGAGGAGGGCAAGUUGGGUGACGCACGUCAGAAAGGGGAGAACCUUGUCGUAAUACGACUUUUCUCUAGCUGGCGUGACCUAAGUGUACCACACAGGACGAUAGUCAAGGGUGAGUGGUCAAACAUUGUCGGGGUUCUUAUUCACGAAAUGGUCCACGCAUACCUCUUUCUUUUUCUCUGCAGAGGACAGACAUGUGAACGAAACAGACUCAACACCUAUGGCGUCACUGGCCACGGGCCGGUAUUCACUAGCCUCCUGGCUCUCAUCAUACGGGAGAUUAGGAGUUGGCACAGUGACUUGACGAAUCUCUACCCCAGCCAUUUCGAUGCUGUCACCGGGGCCGACUGGAGAUCGUGGGAUCUGGAAACCUCGGCACGUAUUCAGCAAUGGCGUGUUUACAAGUCUAGAGGUUACAGGCCCUUUCAGGAGUUCGUCGGUCGCGAUCUCGUUGAGUUAGGCGAGGUGAAGAUUGGCGGACGGCUGAUUCCACAUGUCACUUACUGGCCUCCGCGCUCUCAGGUGCCUUUUGAACAACGAUUUAGACGGCGAGUUGUCUUUGCAGGAAUACGACAAUGA